GGGAACGGACUGGGAGCAGGGGCCUUUCCAGGUGCAGCAGCCCAUCCAGGCUUUGGAGGGGGGAUGAAACCCCAGAAGCCAGGAUACGGAAAUGGGCUGGGAGCCAGUGCCGUCCCAGGGCUGGGAGCCCAGCCAGGCCUGGGAGGGGGAAUGAAGCCUCAGAAGCCAGGCCCUGCUACUCAGAACGGUGGCCAGGGACCAGGAAUUGGAGGGGGUGUGAAACCUCAAAAGCCAGGAUUUGGCAAUGGGAAUGGGAUUGGAGGCAAGGCCUUCCCGAGAGUUGGAGCCCAACCAGCUUAA